AUGACAGAGGUUGUUAAAAUUGAUAUUGAAUUUAAAGAAAUAAAUCAAGAUAAUAAUAAUAAUAAUGGUGAUGAGGAGGAAGAGGAUAGGGAGGGGGAGGAGGAAGAACCAAUGGAAGAAGGUGAAACAUCAUAUAUAAAUAAAGAUCAAAGAAAAGCAAUGAGUGUUGAUUUAUCAUUAGUAGAGGAUGCAAUUAUAAUAUCAAAUAGAAUUAAAGAGAAAUGUUUACAAUUGGUAAAAUUAAAAUCAUCAACAUCACCAAUACUAUCAUCAUCACCAUCAUCAAAUGUUGAUGGAUCAAUAACACCACCACCACCAAUUAAACCGACUCUUUCACCAAUUGCAUCAGUAUUAGCCGAUUCAAUAAUGUCAGAUUUCAUAGAGAUAAAAAAAGCAAUUCAUAAAACUCAUAUCGAUUCAGAAACUAAAAAAACAAAAAAGAAUGAAGAGAAAGAGAAAUUUGAAAAACUGAAUCUUGUUUAUCAAAACUAUCUAUAUGAAAAAAAUCAUUUAGAAAAAGAAAUUAAUUCAUAUAAAGAUUUUAAAAUUGAUGAUCAAAAACCUAAAUUAUUAUCAUUAGAAGAUUUUGAAAAUAAAAUUAAAGAUUGUACAUCAAUUAAAUUAGAAUCAGUUGACACUGGUAAUGAAGAAUUAAAUCAACAUAAUUUAUUAUUAAAUAGAUUAAAUUUUGAAUUAUAUGAAAGAAAUAGAACAAUUGAACAAUUAAACAAGAUACAAAGAGAUAAAAGAUUACAUUUAGGAUUAAAUACAACUAAACAAGAGUUUUUAUCAUCAUUAUUAACAAAUGUUACAGCAUUGGCAUCAAAUAUAUCAAAUAUUCAACCAAGUUCAACUAGUAAUUAUGAACAAAGUAUAUUCAAUUUACCAAAACCAUUAUAUGUAUUAUAUUAUUCAGUGAAUUCAUAUUUACAAUCCAAUACAAAAUCAACAAUGAAUUCUGAUAACCUAUUAUUAAAAAUUAAAGGUGAUAUGGAUAAAGCAACAAUUUUUAAUUCUGAUUUUAUGAUUUAUUCACAACAAACUCAACAUCAACACCAUCAACAACAACAACAACAACAACAACAACAACAACAACAACAACAACAACAACAACAACAACAACAACAACAACAACAACAACAACAACAACAAUCACAAGAAGAAAUAACACUUAGAAAUAAUAACAAUAGUGAUUAUCAUCCAUUAUCAGUGAUUUUAGAUUAUUUAAUAUUCGAUACAAAGGUAUCAUUAGAGUUUACUUGGGAUUGGUUUAGAAAUAUUGUACUUUGUAAACCAAUAGAUCAUUCUGAUUUUUAUUUAUAUAAUAUAUUUCCAAAUGAUACAGGUUUAUUAGCAUCAUUUACAGGUGAUGUUGAAAUUCCCCCAAUUUCUAUCACCUCACCAACCCCUCUAUCACCAAAACCAAUUAAUAAUCAACAACCAUCACAACAACAAUCUCAUCAAAAUAACAUCAAUGUUAAUAUUAUUGAUUCAUAUAAUAGUGGAUUCGGUAGACCAUAUAAAUGGACACAAGUUUUAUGUGGAUUAUUACCAUGUAAAUUUAUUCAAUCCGAUAGUAACCAAUCUACAUUUAAUCAAUGGUCAAUCACUGCUAAUAUUAUGAACUCUGUCUUAAAGAGAUUAGAGUGUAAAGUUUCUUUAGAAAAACAAAUUAAUAUUCUAAAGAGACAAGCAUUAAAUUAUAAAUCAACAAAUAGUACCUAUAGAGAAAGAGAAAAAGAAAAAGAAAGAGAAAAAGAAAAAGAAAAAGAAAAGGAAAAGGAAAAAGAAAAAGAAAAAGAAAAAGAUAGAGAUAGAGAAAGAGAUAGAGAUAGGGAUAGAGAUAGGGAUAGAGACAGAGAUAGAGAUAGGGAUAGGGAUAGAGAAAGGGAAAGAGAAAGAGAAAGAGAAAGAGAAAAAGAAAAAGAAAAAGAAAGAGAAAAAGAAAGAGAAAGAGAAAAAGAAAGAGAUAGAGAAAGAGAUAAUAACAGUAGUAAUAGUAAUAGUAGUAGUACAAUAACACCAUUUUCAACAACAAUUAAAUUUAUGUCAGCAUUAUCAGAAACAGAUUCAAAUAAUCCAACAAUUUAUGGAUCAGAUUUAGUAAAACUAUUCUUCAAGAAUAGUUUUGCUGAUAUUGAAGUGUUAAUUAUAAUUCCAUCAGACUAUCCAUUGGUUCCACCAAUUUUUCAAAUUGAAACGGAGAGAUCAAAAGAGAAUUUUAAUAGUUUGGAUAAAGAUUUAAAUCAUAUUUUAUUAUUACAAAGGGAUCAAAUCAAUUCAUUAGAAACCUUUUUGAAUUCUCAAUUCCUUUUUCAAAAUCCUCAUCUUCAAGGUUGUUAUGAUUUAUUUGGUCAUUUAGUUCAAAGAUUAAAAGAUAUUUUAGUAUUCCUCGCUACCGAUCCAAAGAUUGUAAAGUCAAAAUGUCAAGGUCGUUUAACAAAAGGAAAAUUAAGAACUUUACCCUUUUCUAUUGAUUCUCAAUCCUUGUUAUGGAAACAUUAA